AUGGCAGACAUGAACUGCAGCCCCAGGCCUGUCCACCUGGCCCAGGUGAGUUUCGUCAUCCCAGCCUUCAACUCCAAUUUCACUCUGGACCUGGAGCUGAACCAUCACCUCCUCUCCUCACAGUAUGUGGAGCGCCAUUUUAGCCGGGAGGGGACAACUCAGCACAGCACCGGGGCCGGAGACCACUGCUACUACCAGGGGAAGCUCCGCGGGAACCCCCACUCCUUUGCCGCCCUCUCCACCUGCCAGGGGCUGCAUGGGGUCUUCUCGGACGGGAACUUCACCUACAUCGUGGAGCCCCGCGAGAUGGCCAGGCCUCGGGAACCCCCCCAGUACGAGCCGCGGGGUGUGUCCUGUCGAGAGGCGGUGAACGAGUGCGACAUCGCGGAGACCUGCACCGGGGACUCGAGCCAGUGUCCCCCUAACCUGCACAAGCUGGAUGGUUACUACUGUGAUCACGAACAGGGCCGCUGCUAUGGAGGUCGCUGCAAAACCCGGGACCGGCAGUGCCAAGCCCUUUGGGGCCACGCGGCUGCUGAUCGCUUCUGCUAUGAGAAGCUGAACGUGGAGGGGACAGAGCGUGGGAACUGUGGACGCAAGGGGUCAGGCUGGGUCCAGUGCAAUAAACAGGACGUGCUCUGUGGCUUCCUCCUCUGUGUGAACAUCUCUGGAGCUCCUCGACUGGGAGAUCUAGGGGGGGACAUCAACAGUGUCACCUUCUACCACCAGGGCAAGGAGCUGGACUGCAGGGGUGGCCACGUCCAGCUGGCUGACGGCUCCGACCUGAGUUACGUGGAGGAUGGCACAGCCUGUGGGCCCAACAUGCUGUGCCUGGAUCAUCGCUGCCUGCCUGCCUCUGCCUUCAACUUCAGCACUUGCCCGGGCAGCGGGGAACGCCGGAUCUGCUCCCACCACGGAGUCUGCAGCAACGAAGGGAAGUGCAUCUGUCAGCCCGACUGGACAGGAAAAGACUGCAGCAUUCACAACCCCCUGCCCACGUCUCCACCCACGGGGGAGACGGAGAGAUAUAAGGGUCCCAGCGGUACCAACAUCAUCAUCGGCUCCAUCGCGGGGGCUGUCCUGGUCGCAGCCAUCGUCCUGGGCGGCACGGGCUGGGGAUUUAAAAACAUCCGCCGGGGAAGGUACGACCCGACCCAGCAGGGGGCAGUGUGA